UGUCGGUUCAGUUGCUGACUGAACUGCGUGGAGGUCUGUCGUGCGUUUCCCCAUAAAUGAAAAUGCUUUCAAUUGGAGCUCGGCCCCUUCCGGGUAUGGUUGCCCUGUUUGUGACUUGUGUCUUGGAUCUAGCCGACGCCCAUGUGGCCUUCACAACGGCCAGCACCCACGGUAUCUUUGCGGCCCUGGCAGUGCCCCUGGAGCUGCCGCAUCGCAACGUUUUUGUGUCCUACAACUUUGAGGCCAACUACAAUUUACCCGCUAACUGGGGCAAAUUUACGCUAUUUCAAAACGGACCCAUUGAGUCGGAGGAGCAAGAGGUAGAGGUGCAGGAAGGCGAGGAGACGGAGGGGGAGUCGAGCCGUAAGAUAAAAGGUGACUGCCAGAACUGCACCAAUGCGGAACAGGUGGAAGAGGAGGAGGAGGAGACCACUGAGGCUCCCAUCCAUCAGCGUACAAGUCGCGCUCUGAUCACACGUUCGAACAUUUAUCGCAUAUUCAUAGACAAAUUGCAGAGAAGCGGCUUCCAGGGCGAGGCCUGUCUGCUGCGCCUGAUCUGUGAGACGAGUGCUGGGGAGCUGAACGAGCUGAAUGGCGUUUUGGGCAGCCUAAUGCAUGUGCUCUUCAGUCCCAGCACUUCGGAGUCGGAGCAGCUGCCGCUGCGCUACUACCAGGCGGAGCACGAUGGCUGGCAUGACAGCUGCCACUACUACCAUUCGGACUGCGGGGAGAGUGUUCUGGAACUGAUCUCGGAGCCAUUUGAGGAGCUGCUGAAGCGACAGCAUCACAUGUAGAAUGAUACAAGAAAUAUACGCGUACAGUGCAGA